AUCAAGGUCGUCUUCAAAAUAAAUAUGAAUAAUAAUCAAGACGUUGAGCAGCAGUUACAAACCGGCUCGGAUAAGUCGGGGCAAUCUCCAGAGAAAAAUAUUUUGUACGAUAUGAAGCAAGUGAGCGGUUCUAGUCUGGAUAACAGUUCAGCCUAUGGAUUAGAAUUGAGCUACACUAUAAAAUGCCAAAUGAUUAACUCUGCUUUGAAUGAAAUGGGUUUCGGUUUGUAUCAGCUACAACUAUUCUUGGUAGCAGGUAAGUCGUGUUUUGCUGAUAAUAUGUGGAUACAAGCUAUCGCGCUUACUUUAUCAUGGGUCGAUUACGAAUUUCAACCAUACAAGUAUGAAAUGGCUACUCUCGCUCUCUAUGUUGGUUUAGUUAUAGGGGCAACAUUCUUCGGUUACUCAGCUGACGUAUUCGGUCGCCGUCUAUCAUUCAAUGUUACAUUAUUCCUCUCUGGUGCAUUCGGUACUGCUAUUGGUUCAGCCAACAACUUCGUCGCUUUUUGCGCUAUGGCUGCAGGUGUCGGUUUAGGUUUAGGUGGUAAUUUACCUGUUGAUGGUGCAUUAUUCCUUGAGUUUUUACCUCAGAAGCAACAGUGGUUACUUACAUUCCUUUCUUCCUUCUGGUCUGUAGGUCAACUCAUUAGUUCAGUUGCUAUUUGGGGUUUUGUGAGUCAAUCGAAAUGGAGUUGCACACAGGAACUUGCUGAUGCGGGUAAUUGUAAUUGGGACACUAACGCUGGAUGGCGUUACGGUUUAUUCGUUGUUGGUGGUUUCACCCUCUUCAUGUUUACCAUCAGAACUAUCAUUUUACCAAUUAAGGAAUCACCAAAGUAUCUCCUCAGUCAAGGUCAAGAUGAAGCCGCUGUUGCAGUCAUAGAGCAUAUUGCUAAGAAGAAUAAGGUUCCUUGUCCACUCAGUAUGGAGAAAUUGAGAGAUGCAACACGCCAUUUAGAUGAUGAGUUUAGUACUGUACCUCAGAAGUUCACCACUAGGGAAAUUCUCACAAGAAAUAUUCGUCAAAUGAAUCUUUCACACAUUAAGCCACUUUUCUCCACAAAAACACUUGCUUUGAACACAACCUUACUAAUGACUUCUUGGGCACUCAUUGGUCUCGCCUAUCCUUUAUACAACUCAUUCUUGCCAACUUAUUUAGAAGGAAAGACGGAUUCGGAUACUUAUCAUACGUAUCGCGAUUACACUAUUCAAGCAGUAAUGGGUAUCCCUGGCUCUUUAAUCGCUGCUGGUCUUGUUGAAAUGAAAGGCCGCUGGCUCGGUAGACGUGGUGCAAUGGCAGUGUCUACUCUACUUACUGGUGUCUUCAUUUUCCUUUUUUCUUCAACAAAGGAAGCACACGCUACACUUGGAUUUGAAUGCGUUGUUUCUUUAACACAGAACGCCAUGUAUGGUAUUCUUUUUGCUUACACACCAGAAGCAUUCCCUGGACCACAUCGUGCAACGGGAGACGCACUUUGUAGCAGUUUAAACAGACUUUUCGGAUUGCUCGCCCCAAUUAUUCAUGCCUUCUCGGGCGCUGCUUCAGGAUCACCAACUCCACUUUACGUUUCUGGAUCUUUACUCCUUUUCUGCGGACUUUCACAAUUUUUCUUACCAAUCGAAACUGCUGGUCGCUCAGCAAUGUAAAUUACGAAUUUCAAUUACUUACUUUCACUUGCAUAACUUACCUACCGUAUAACUUGCGGUUUAAUAUAGAUAUAAUUCGUAGACUAUAUAGACAUAAACGAAUUUUCAACAAC